AUGAGUGGUGAGAUCCCCCCGGCUGUUGACGAGUUGAUGGAGAACAAUCUAGAAGACGCAAGAGCGUACGCUGUGAUGCCUCUGUCUGCUUUUGAAUUUGUGGUAACUCUAAAAACAACCGGCUUCGGGAGUUCUGUUAAUUUGGAAACCAGGUCUUGCACAUGUCUUGAAUUCCAGAAAGUUGGAAUACCAUGUCGACAUGCCAUUGCUGCGGCUAUGUUUCGGGACUUGCAGCACUCAGAGUUCGUUGCAGACGCCUAUCUAAAAAAGGCAUGGAAUGAAACAACAAAGGGUGUUACACUCCCGGUUCCAGAUCCGCAAGAUCUUUUCAUACCUUCGGAGGUUAGUGACCUUAUCAUGUUACCACCAAAGACGAAGAGACCACCAGGACGUCCACCGACCAAGCGUAAACGUUCUGCAGGAGAAAUACCGGUACGACCUAAUCUCAUCUGA